UGGGGAGGGAUGUGCAAUGGUUUUUCAAAAUGCAAUCUAAACAUCUUUACCCUCCUUCCUCCUAAAAAAUAUGUACAUACAGGGAUAGACAUUGGGUAUGGGUUUGGGGGGAGAGAGAGGUGUGUGUGUGUUUGGAGGAGUGGGGGGUGGGUAGAGCUGUACGUCAGUGCUGGCAAUCCUUUGUGGUGUGUGGCUGCUGUUCAGUGCGGAUUGCGGUACAUCUCUUUGGGGGAAGAGACAGAGAGACGCAGAGAAAGAGUAGAAACAACAGCAGAGACAGCUGGAGCUGGUGUUCACUCCAUCGCUCUGUCUGCCACCCUCCCCCCCUCCUCCUCCCCCAAGGACUGGAUCUGAAGGUGACAGCAGAGGAAUCGGAUGGAAACAGCAUCAGCAGCGGAUUGUCGGGCGAUCACAACCCACUAGUCGCUAGAAUGCGAUCGGCAGUUUGAUUUCCACCCCUUCCUCCUGCGCUGACCUUUCACUAACUGAGAGCCGGGAGGGAGGUGGAGGGCGAAAAUGCGGCUGGGGAAGCGCUGAGAGCGAAACAUGAUGAGACAUGACACGUCUCCGCUAGCUGCCGCUAGCCCGAGGAGCCUAUCCCCACACCAGAGCGCCUCUCAGGAGGACCACACACCCGCCAAGGACGCCCAGGGACCCGGGGUGGGCAAUGGGGACAAGACCCCCACCGGGGAACUCGAGGGGAGUCGACAGAGGCUGGGCAGGGGCAAGAAGUAUGGCUCCAACGUGCACAGGAUCAAGAACAUGUUCCUGCAGAAGAUGGUGACCACCCCGAAUGAGGCCACGGGCAUCCCAGCCAAGGGCAAGGAGCGCUCCGUCCGGCUGUCCCUGCCCCGCGCCAGCAGCCUCAAUGAGAACGUGGACCACCAGGCCCUGCUCAAGCUGGGCACCAGCGUGUCCGAGAGGGUCAGCCGAUUCAACACCAAGUCCGACCGGCCCUUGUCCAAACUCCAGGAGACGAGAAAAAUCUUUGAGAAGAACAUCCAGGAGAAGAACGUGGCCCACCGGGCGCUGCUGAACAAGGAGCGGGCGGGCCUCAAGGAUGGCAAGCUGGACGUGGUGGUCCGGUUCAAUGGCAGCACCGAGUCGCUAGACAGCUUGGAGACCGAGGCCAUCUCGCCCACCGUCAGCCAGCUCAGUGCCGUGUUCGAGAGUGGGGCCAGCAGCAAGAGGAAGGCCGGCGGGGCAGAGAGGGCGAGGCAGGCUGGGUGCCCGCCCAACGCCAAGGCCGUCCCCAAGAAGUCAAGGGCCUUGGCCAAGAGCCAACAGGAUGCCGGCAGAUGCGAGGGUGGGGGCAAAGCGGAAGGCGGCUUCUCCCUCGAUCAGUUGGCCGUGGGCAUCGGAGGGCAACAGGUGGGAGGCUCAGGGGGCACCUCACCCUCUGCCAGUGCAUUGGCCAGUAAACUGGCAUCGCUGGUCAAACAUGGGGACAGCCUGAAGGAAAGCAGGGCCCCCCAGCCCGCCGCGCUCAGGCCACAGAGCUGCGAGGAUCCCGGGGUCAUCAGGCCAGUGGAGGACAGCGGGCAGGGCAGCCCCGAGCCAGGUCAGGGGGCAUCAGCCAGGGAGACCGGAGCGGCCAAGGACUCGGCCAAUGGCUGUGGUGAACUCCAGCAGGGAGACGUGGCAUCAGAGAGCUGGGAAUCCAGUUGUAUGGAGACCCGAGCAGCAGAAAAUGGAGAGAUCCCACAGAGGCAAAGCCUGGAACGUCUGCAAUCGGCCUCCCUGGAUUCCACAGAUGGGCUGGCCAACCAAGGCGAGGGGUCCCUGCCCUCGAAAGGAGACAGCUCUGAGGACGGAGAGCAGAUCAGGAACGAGCUGGAUCUGUACGAUCAUUGCAAGAGGAGCGAGGACUUUUCGGAGGCUGAUAUGGUGGACAUAAGCGCCUUCAGUGGGCUGGGUGACGAGUCUGAAAGCAGUGUCCUGGAUGACGACGAGGAUACGUUUGAGCCCGAGAGCGGCUUCACCGAGGUCACAGGAUUAUCGGACGAGGAGGAACUCGUGCCACAUCGGAAGAUUCGCUUCAGCACGGCACCCAUUAAAGUUUUCACCACCUAUUCCAAUGAGGACUACGACAGGCGGAAUGAUGACGUGGAUCCCAUGGCGGCAUCGGCAGAAUAUGAGCUGGAAAAACGAGUGGAAAGACUGGAUCUCUUCCCCGUGGAACUUGAAAAAGAUGACGAUGGUUUGGGCAUUAGCAUCAUAGGAAUGGGAGCCGGAGCGGACAUGGGUUUGGAGAAAUUGGGAAUUUUCGUCAAGACAGUAACUGACGGAGGAGCGGCUCACCGGGAUGGCAGAAUCCAAGUGAACGACCUAAUAGUGGAGGUCGAUGGGACCAGUCUGGUGGGUGUGACCCAAAGUUUUGCAGCCACUGUGCUUCGGAACACAAAGGGGACAGUCAGGUUUCUGAUCGGAAGAGAGAAACCAGGUGAAACCAGCGAGGUGGCUCAGCUGAUUCGGCAAACGCUGGAGCAGGAGCGAUGGCAGAGGGAGAUGAUGGAGCAGCACUAUGGCCAAUACCCCGAUGAGGACGAAGAGCAGACUGGAGAGUACGCGACAGACGAGGAGGAAGAGGAGAUGAGCCCCAUGUUCGCCAACAAUGAUGUGGCCAUCGAGGUUUUUGACCUAGGGGAGAAUGAGGACAUGCUGUCGCCCAUUGAAAUGGACCCUGAAAAACUAGUGCACAAGUUCAAGGAGCUACAAAUCAAACACGCAGUAACAGAGGCGGAGAUUCAACAGCUGAAACGAAAGCUCCACUCAACAGAACAGGAGAAGAUGCGCUGGCGAAUGGAAAAGGCUCAGCUGGAGCAAAGCGUGGAGGAGAACAAGGAGCGGAUGGAGAAGCUGGAGAGUUACUGGAUGGAAGCUCAGACGCUCUGCCAGGCCGUGGACGAGCAUCUGAAGGAGACACAGGCUCAGUACCAGGCCCUGGAGAGGAAGUACAGCAAAGCGAAACGUCUGAUCAAAGAGUACCAGCAAAAGGAAAUAGAAUUUCUGAAGAAAGAAACAGCACAAAGGAGAACCUUAGAAGAAACUGAGAAUUUACAUAAGGAAGAGAUUGAUAAGCUUCAGACCAUGGUUACGGACCUGGAGACGAGUCUACAAUCAAUGAAGAAUUCCAACACAGUUUAAUGGAGUUGACUUUCCAUCCCCUGCGCUUUAAGAUCAAACCUUCUCAUUAAAGGAGCAACAAAGCCUUGAAAAAGUAAAUGACAUUCACC